AUGGGAGAUGAAGAUUUCCAUUUGGCUUUAAAACAAGCUAUUCAACGACUUCUUCAAAGGCAUGCCACUUACAACAAUGAUCCGGUAGAACAACGGCUGACUGGACCACAGAAUGGCUUUCCUGAGCCACAUUCCUAUGUACUUCCAAAUGCUAUAUUAUGGGAGCCGCACCAACAGCUGCCGCACUUUUUUCAACCCGAAUUUGUGUGUCCCAUCUGCAAUGAAGAUGGUAAAGUUAUCUCUUUAAAACCCAUUGGUUGGAAGGAUGGUCGGCUACGUCGUCAAAUGCCAAGGCAAAUUUACGGUAUGUCUGGAAGGGUUCUGCUCAUAAGUCGCGUGUAUAGAUGUUCUGCCGGACAUGAACUUAGUGGCCACGAUCCUGCCAUAUUAGCCAUGAUUAAUAGUCAGGGAAGAAUACCUUUCUUACUUUCACACAAAACUGGAGUAACAAGAGAGCUUCUCGAUAUGAUUGUGUCAAUGGUGCGAAAUGGACUGUCAUUUUCGCAAAUUAACGACAUUUUGCUCGAGCGAAUACAUAUGCGUCACUUGAAACUUGAAAGUAAGUUUUUAGAAGACUUGAAACUUUACAGUGCCAGCCAUCCAAUCGUAAUAAAUUCUUCUUUCCCUGAGUUCAACCAGCAGCGGAAUGUCCCAGUAGAAAUACAAUUUCUGAAUUUUUCCUUCACUACUUUGAUUUGA